UCUUAGAUGUAAAUUCAUCGAAUGAAAUUUUAUUGAAACUUGAUCGACUAUUUAUAUUUUUUAAUCAACAAUUUUAUUAAAAAUUUGAAACUUGAGAAUAAUAAUGUUCACUAAUCGGUCUCUUGAAGCCGUGAGUUUCAAUUCACAAUUAUCUACUACAAAAUCACAACAAUCUACAAAUAUUCAAACAACAGAAAUUGUUUAUGAUCAGAAUUCUGUACAAACAAUCGAAACAAGAAAUGUUGAGACUCAAACUAUAUCUGAAGAAAAAAAAAAGCCAGAAAUAAACUAUGAAAGAUUGGCCCAGUUUUUAAAUCGGGUUACACCAAGUAUAUUAGAAGCAUUAGAUGAAUCUUAUGGAACCAAUGCAUUUGAAGAUUAUGAACCAAAAACUUCAGAAGAUUCAUUCACAAGUACACAACUUUUACAAAAAAUUAAUAGCACUGAAGCAAAUUCUCAGAUGAAAGUAAGUGAUAUGAGUUGGAGUAUUGGAGGAGGAACAUUAGCUGUAUCUUAUGGUAUUCCUUAUCACCAAGCAUGGUGUGAUCAUUUAUCCAAAAUACAAUUAUAUAAUCAAAUGAAAGAGGGCCAUUUCACAAAUAAUCCAAAUAAAACACUAGAAACUAAUGCCUGUGUAACAACAUUGGUUUAUCAUCCAACUGAACCAUCUAUUAUAGCAAUUGGUUUAUUCAAUGGUGAUGUUCUUGUAUGGAAUUUAAAGGAUGAUACAUCAAUUGCACCAACAACAAUUUGUACUCAUGGAGAUUGUGUAUCUCAAGUAUAUUGGAAAGGAAGAACUAUAAAUGAUGUAUCACUGUUGGUGAGUUCCAGCAAAGAUGGAUAUAUUUUUAUUCAUAAAAUGAUGGCCAAUUUUACAAUUGCUCGCAUUUAUAAACGAUUAAAAAUAGCCAAAGAACAUAAUCCAAUAGAAAACUCAAGACCACGUAGCGCAGGUGGAACACGCGAACGCGCAAUAGAAUCUGGAUUAUGCAUUACCACUUUUGAUUUUUCAUCCAGAGAUCCAAUAUUUUUUAUUGUGGGUACCUUAUGUGGUGGAAUUUAUAAAUGUAGUUUAGAUCGUGUCGUUCCUAUCGAAAAUGAUGAAACUUUAAUAGAUCCUGUAAUAGAUGAAUACGAAAGGCAUGAAGGUAGCAUUACGUGUAUUAAAUGUUCGCCAAUACGUAAUCUUUUCGUUUCUGCUAGCACAGACAAAGAAAUUCGUAUAUAUGAUUUUGAAGAGCAUACAAGUCUGCAGUCAAUUCCUUGUGAAAAUACAAUCAUAGGUUUAACUUGGAUGAUUGGAAAUCAAGAUAUAUUGGCAACUUAUGGCGCUAGUUCGAAAAUUAUAUUAUACAAUGUUACAGAUGGUACAAUCGUAACAAAUGUGAAUUUAGAAACAAUUGAUAGAGAAAACACUAGUUGCUUACGCGUGAAUUUAAAGAGAGAUAUAGUGGCUGUUGGAGAUACACAAGGAAAUAUAGAGAUCUGGAAAAUCCCAAGACAAUUAUUGUAAAUAUAAUGUAUACAUUAACUUUUUUCAUUUUUUAAAUAUUAUAUUACUAAUAUUAUUAUCUUAUAAUCAGCUUCAAAAUAUGUAU